GUGUGGCCGUGAUGGCAUUGAGGCCGCAACGGCUGCAACUGCUGCCGUGCGAGUUGAGGCGGAGGCCAAGUGCCGGGAACUGGCGCAGCGGAUUGAAAGCCUUCCUGUUCCUGGUCGCUGGACGCAGGACCUCGAAGCGAAAAUCGACAGUCUGGUGCACGCCUCCCUGAACGACGACUUGCGCUGUUUAGAGAGGCGACUGCUAGCCCAGUUCUCCAACCGGCACUCAGAGGUCCUAGAGGCAGCUCAACAGAUGGCAGCCGAGCUGAAGGCGGAGGUCAACAUGCAGUUGGAGGCCGUUCAGGCUGGCAGGAUCCUUCAGCCAGCUCAUCGUGAGGGCUCGGAAGGUUCUGGCCCGUGUCUUGGUGGCCGCAAAGAGGACUUGGAAAGCCGACUUCGGAUUGCCGAAGCGGAUCUCCGUCGGGCUAUGCGGGAUGUUGACAGCAUGGAGCGUGCAUAUGCUGGGCCCAUACAGCAGCUUGAGCAGCGGAUUGUUUCACUGGAGGCAUGCAAGGCACCAGCGAUGCCAGCGCAGGAGCAGCGAAUCCAUAGGCUGGAGGCAGAUCUGGUGAAGCUGUUCCAGCGGCUUGGCUCGGCAUCUCCGAGUGUUGGAGUCCAGGAUCCAAGUGCGCGACGCGGCAUUACGAUUGAUUCAUCGCGCCCUCACUCCACCCCAAGUGUGCUUGGUGGUGCAGACAGUGACAUGGAGGCAGCGGUUGCGGGGCCAUCGGUGCUGGAGCACACUUUGCGGCCGGCUGACCUGGCAGCAAACAUUGCAGCCGGUGAACCACAAAAACCUGCGAGGGUCGAGACCGAGAAGGCAAAGCCAACUGAGUUGGCGCAGUCGUUGAAAGCGCCUUGCGGUUCGGUGGGCAUGCCGCCAGCGCCUCCUUCACCAACUUCACCUUUGCCAAACAGGCCAGUGGUGCCGUUUCAGCCGCCAAGCCGGCGCCCUUCCCGCCUCGCUGUGCCAGGACCAGGAACGAGACGAAACACAUGUGCAGCGCAAGUGCCGGUCAGAGCCGACAUGCCACCGGCUGCCUCUUCCGGAGACAUACAGGCCUCAAAUGAUGGACCACAAGACGGCGCCAGUCGCGAUCUGUGGGAUCAGCUGCUGGAUCCAGGCCAAAAGACCAUUCUGAAAGGUCAUGCAGAUGGCCAUGAAAGCGCAGAGUCACCCGCAAAGGUAGAGGGUGAAGUUGAGGAAGCUGCAGCGCCGCAUCCCUCGCUUGCGUCCGCAUCGGGUGACCAGGCUGCAAGCAACUCCUCCUCGCCGACCCUUGGUUCAGCAAACCUUUCCGAGAUCUUGCGGUCUACUUCUGCGCUCGCAGAGCAUCUCAGCGGUUCGUCUCAAGGAAGCCAUGGGCACACAACGCCACACGCAGUGGAAGGGGUGGGUCAGGUGGAGGUGACCCGGGAACGAAGCUCCUCAGGCAGUUCAAGCGGAGGUGAGAGACGGCCACAACUGGAUCAACGCCAGGCACUGGAGGCUCUCGUGCGAGACGUGGCGGCAGAGCCUGUCUGCGCAUUCUCCACGAACGUUUCAGAAGCAGAUGAGUUUCGAAGUGAGGAUGAGCUUGACUUGCCGAUGUGA